UACUCUAUCUACCCUCCAAACUCCAAUAUUUUUCCAUAUUGCAAAAUUAGGGUUCAAAGCUCCACUCUUUUCUCAAUUACAACAAAAUAAGAUGAGAACUUUAACCAAAUCUCCAUCAAUUUCCUCUCAUAUCUUUCGUUCUCUAACAUUCUACAAAUCAUCUUCAUCAUCUUUAAACUCUUUCUCUUCAUCAGAAUCCAUCAUUUCCCAUGAAUCAAUCUCAAAAUCUUCAUUAUCAACUCAGUCUCCACUCUCAAAUGAUCUUAAAGAAUCAUAUCCUCAAAUAUCCACCUCACAAAAUCCUCAAAAUCCCACCUUGUCUCCUCAAUCUUAUGUAACGAACAGUUUACUCACCUUAAAGCAUGAUCUUUCUGCGUUUGAGUACUUACAAUGGGCAGAAAAACAACCGGAAUUUGGUGAAGGGUUUGAAUCUUUUUGUGUAUUGUUCUACAAGUUAAUGGGUUUCAAAAAUCUGAAAAGGGGGUUUAAACAAUUGGUUUCUCACCAAAACUUCCCUAAUGCUUCAACUUUCAUUCAAGGCUUGAAUGAUUGCUCUAAAAGGUUUGACUAUGCUUCAGAUAUAAGGGUUUUUAAUUAUUUAUUAUAUGGUUUUGUUAGUAAUUGUAAAAUUCAGGAUGCGGUUGAUUGCUUUAAUUGGAUGCUUGAAAAUGAUGUUGAAUUGUGGGUGUCUUGUUUAAAUGAUCUUUUGCAUUUGUUGAGGGUAAAGGGCAUGUUUAAAGAUGCUAAAGAGUUGUAUGAUAAGGUUUAUUGUAGAGGAAUCGUUGGAAAUAAUGCCACCAUGCGUGUGAUGAUGAAAAUUUGGUUGCAAGAUGGGAAUGUUAGUGAGGUGAAGAGAUUUUUUAGGGUAGCAAAAGAUAAGGGAAUUGAUUUAGAUCCUAAAGCAUAUAGUUGUGCAAUUGGAGCUGUUAGUUUGAUACCAGAUGCGAAAUUAGCUUCUGAGUUAUUGAUGGAGAUGAAAGACAAGGGUUGGUUGCCCUCUGAGGGAUCUUAUACCUGUGCUAUCGUUGCUUGUGUGAAGAAGAGGAAUGUGGUGGAAGCUUUGAUGCUGAAAGAUGAAAUGGUAAAGAGUGGAUACUCGAUGAACGUGGUGGUUGCGACGGUUUUGAUGAAGGGAUAUUGUGUAUUAGGUAAUGUGGAGAGUGCUUUAGGUUUGUUUGAGGAAUUAAUCAAGGAUGGGCUUUCGCCUAGUUUAGUUACCUUUUCGGUUUUGAUUGAAGGAUACUGUGUAAAGGGAAAUAUGGAAAAAGCAGUGGAGCUUUAUGGCAAAAUGAUUGAUAUGGGAGUAGAGCCUAGUGUAAAUAAUGUUAACUCAUUAAUUAGGGGAUUUUUGAGAGCUCAAAAAUUUGAUAAAGCUUUUGAGCAGUUUAACAAGGCGACUGAAACGGGUUUGGUUGAUCAUUACUCAUUUAACAUUUUAUUGUCAUGGUUUUGUAAGGAUGGCAAUGUGGAUGAAGCUCAGAAGUUAUGGGGUAACAUGGUUAAAUUUGGAUUUAGACCGGAUUUAGUUUCUUAUAAUCAUAUUAUACUUGGGUAUUGUAGGAAAGGAGAUCUUGCUAUGGCGGAUAGCAUGUAUUCCGAGGCAAUUGCUAAAGGUAUUGAACCCAAUGCAGUCACCUUUACAACUUUGAUGAAUGGCCAUUUUAAGAAAGGUGAUGUAGAGAAAGCUUUGAACUUGUAUGACGAGAUGGUUCGCCAAAGGAUUGUAUGUUCGGAAUUCACAUACAAUACUAUCAUCAAUGGAUUGUGCAAACAUGGGCAAACUUCUCAUGCUAGGAACAUGGUAGAUAGUUUUAGAAAGCAAGAUUCUUUCAUACCAACUUGCAUGACUUAUAACAUAAUUGUGGAUGGAUUAGUAAAGCAAGGUGAUCUUGAUUCUGCUUUGUUGGUUUAUAGUGAGAUGUUGGAUGAAGGAAUCUCCCCGGAUGUCUUUACAUACACAAUUUUGAUCAAUGCAUUUAGUAAGAACAAUGAUAUUAAUCGUGCUUUAAACUUGCGAAAUGAGAUGAUAAGCAAAGGUCUUGAAUUUGAUGUUACUGCAUAUGGAACACUUAUUGAUGGGUUUUGCAAAAGAAGAGACAUGGAAAAUGCACUUAAACUUUUCAAUGGAAUGUCUGAAGCAGGAUUGUCUCCAAAUGUUUUCAUUUAUAAUAGCAUGAUUUGUGGUUAUAGAAAUCUGAAUAACAUGGAAAAGGCUCUUUUGCUGUAUAAGAAAAUGAGUGAACAAGAAAUUCCAUGUGAUUUGAAAACAUACACUACUUUGAUUGAUGGGCUGCUAAAGGAAGAUAAACUGAAUGUAGCUUUAGAAUUCUAUGCUGACAUGAAAGCAAAAGGAAUCGAGCCUGAUGAAGCUGCUUAUACGGUUUUGGUGAGCGGCUUAUGUAUGAAAGGAAAUUUCGAAUAUGCUCUCGACUUGUUCAAAGAGAUGGAAGAAAAGGGUUUGAAUCAGAACUCGCAUAUAUAUAAUAGUUUGAUUGGUUGUCAUUUUAGGAAGGGUAAUUUGCCAGAGGCUUUUAGAAUGUAUGAUGAAAUGCUUGAGAAAGGUCUUGCAGCUGAUAAAAUGACCUUUGAUUUUGUCAUCAAUGCUAACUUCAAACUGAGUAGCCAAGUAUGGGAUGCUGGAUCUGCUUAAGCCAUCGGAGAUCAUACAUGCUUAUAUGUGUGCGGAGGCUGGAAGUUCUUUGUACUGGAUUUAAGGCAAAUCUACAGAAGGUGGUUCACCUAUAAGCUAGAAAUCUAAUCUAAGAAACAAGCUACUGUAUCCAAAUCCUCCUUUGAAGCCGAGUAUCGUGCACUAGCAGGAGCUUCAUCCGAGAUAACCUGGGUUGUCUGUUUGCUUGAAGAAUUAGGAGUGGAUAAGCUUAAACCUUUGCUUCUUCAUUGUGACAACCAGUUUGCUCUUCAUAUAGCUCACAAUCCGGUGUUUCACGAGAGGACAAAACAAAUAUAGGUGGAUUGUCACUUCACUCGAGACAACCUCACAACUUGCUGAUGUUUUUAUCAAGAUCUUUGCAAGCUUGGCUCUUUUCCAUUUAGUCCCAAGCCUGAGGGUUCUCAUUCCUUCGCUCACUUCUCUCCAGAGUCCAGUGGAUUGGCAUAUGAUGCUUCCUUUCUUCAGAGCACCAACAAGUUAUAUGAGACUUCCUCUCUCCAGGGUAUCAACAAGUUUCAGAGUACUUGUAUCUUGUUCACAUCUCCAGAUCACUCAAAUUUCUCAUAUGCUGCUGCUGCUGCCUACUCCAUAUGUUGAGGUUAAGACUUUGGCAUUAUUGAUGGGGAACUGCUGUUCAUGUGUUGUCUACUAGGAGCUGCUUUUGCCUGGCUGUCGUUGCUAUCUGAUGCUGCUUCUGCCUAGCUGCUAUAGGCGUGUUUUGGUGCUUGUUGUAGAUGUGGUGGCUGGUGAGUUGGGCCAAUCAGGAGACCUGCGGGUAGCUGCUGGUGCUGGUUGCCUGCUGUUGUUUUGGGGGCUGUCUAUCUGUUGCUGGUAGCGUUGGCAGUUUGGUGCAGCUGUUAGGAUGGUGGGUGUUAAUGCUUUUAGGGCAGCCGGGUCUUUUAGUUUUGUUUUAGGUGUGGACGUGUCUCCGAGUGUAUUGUCUACUACUACUCGGUUUAGUUUGAUUCUGUUUUCAGUUAUAUUAUGGGACAAGUUUUAAGUUGGGGUUUUUGGGUUAUGGAUGAUGGGUGUAGAUGUUUUGGUGCUGUAGUCUGAACUUUGUAUGGCAUUGUCCUCCCUUAAUGCUUUUCGUUUGGCGGCCUGGACAUUAUUGAUUCUCUUUCUAUGGUUUUUUCCCCUACAUGAAUUUUUUUAUGCCAGACGGUUAUGGUCUCUUUGAUAUCUAGUAUUUUACAUUGAUAUAAAAUUUCCUAUUUUUCAAUAAAAAACAUUUUUCUCUUAAUUCUUUUUUCUCUUUCCAUUCAAAAUCAAUUCUGUUUCUCUCUAUAUAAAAGAAUUAAAAAUUAUAGUGUUUUAUUUUGUAAUCUUGCAUCCUUGUUCUCAGAUUAGUCAAUAAUAACAAAACUUGUAUGGCAUCCUCAUCUUAAAAAUCAACAGUCAGACAAAGUUUCAGAACCAGUAUCAGGCGGUGUUCAAACCCGUUUACCCAAUAAUCUGAUACGUGAAAUCCUAAUCCGUUUACCCCUAAAAUCAAUCUGGGUUUUCAAAACCGUCUCAAGAAUCUGGGAUUCAAUCAUGUCAGACCCAUCUUUCAAGAGAUCCUACAUAUCUCGCAAUCCACUGUCACCAUGGUUUAUUGUCGAAUGA